AAAAAAAAAACAAUAGUCCAUGACUGGAAUAACAGGACUUUUCUGGCCACGUCACUCAGAAGAAUCGCCAUCCGGCUUUAGUGGGACAGUUAUAUACCCGAAAUGCCAUCCAUCCGCAGCUACAUGGAACGUCUGUAACAGGGUGACGAUGUGAUGGGGAUGGAAGCGAAGAAAGUUUGCGUCGUGCGAAGCCAGUUGUAUUAUUCUCAGGCAUGAGCGUUAAUUUGUCCCCGGUCCGCAAGAACAUCGAGCACCGGGGGACCCUCAUGAGAUAUCAGGGGGACUCUGCGCCCCCGGCUCGCGGACCAUGAACUUACAUCCGAGUCCCGACUCCCGGCUUCACAUCGGACUCAAUGGAGCUCAUCAGAUCGCCCGGGGAAGCGCUCAAAAGCACCGCAGACCUUCGGAAGAUGAGGAACUGUGGUUCCUGAGUCGUGAGGAGCGGGAGUGUAUCUUGUUCCUAGAAGAGACCAUCAACAUUUUCGACGAUGAUCUGGAGGAUCGAGACCAGUUUCCACAGAGCAGCAGUCCAGCAGGGAGCCGUCAGGCCGUUGCUGAUGCUGCUGCUGCCCCUGCACUUUCCAGCAGCCUCAAGGAGCAAGAUAUCAUUGACCUGGUCCAAGUCCAGCCUGAUCCACCCAGCCCAAGGGAGGUUCCACAUACUUCCAUCAUGCCAGAUUUCCGGACCAUUGGGUUGCCCCCGGAAGCUCAUACUGAGGUGAAAGUGAGGCGGGAUCAAAUGGACAGCCAGCCUGUUGGCUCUAUUCCGACCCCAAUGGUGAUAGCCCAAAAAAUCGCAGCUCACCAGGGCAGUGGUGGCCCAGCCACAACAUCUGCCCCCCCUGGACACAGGAGGAGCCUGGAUUUCACCGGAGACUACUCUGCAAUUCCUUUGCCUGACCAUCCAGUUAAACAGGGCCCACCAACUACAGCAAAACCAAGCCGAUAUCCAGACAAUAUCAGUGUGGCUCUGCCCAGCAGGGACUACAAUCAGACCAUUGCCAAGGCCUCUGUGAAUGUCCACCAGCGUCAAGCUCAGGUGCUGGCCAACCUAACAGGAAGACCUCAUGCGUACGAAUCGAUGGAAGAAAAACAGGUGAGAAAAGUCCCAAACCGGAGUAUCUCAUUCCACGAUUUAACACCGAAUAAAUCCAGGAUGGAAGCGCUGUCCAAACUAGGACUGACUAAAGAGCGGAAACUAUCAGCAUUCAGUAGUAACAGCAACUUGCCCAAGAUAAUCACUCCGCCUUUGUCGCCAACUAGCAGCUCUUCUUGUUCAAAUAAUGCCAAUGGCCCUGACAGGAAGCCUGAAGCUGUUGCCUGCUCCUCUGCACCCAAGACUCAUGUCUCUCCAAAUGAUCGUAACACCUAUGGUGGAAAAACUGAAGUAGCAACUCCCUCCAACCAAAAAGCAGAUGCUCAUUCUCAGUGUGUGAGUAACAAUGGCAAGGAGAUGGAAACACCAGCUUCACUCCAGUAUAGCAGUGGUAGCUUCAACAACUAUGAAGGGAAAACUAAAGUUAUAUCUUCAGUGCCAAUGGCAAACUCCGACCUCCCUCCCCACCAUAACAGUCAGCAGCACAGCAGGCCGGCUGCUCCCACCUCAUUGCUGGCUUUUGGCAAAACCAAGACCAAUGUCUCAAGUGCCAUCGACAAAUACAGAGGCAACACUGUGAAUCCAUCGAACAAUUUUAUUCAGCAAGACCACAAACCCAAAGAAAUUACUUCCUCGAUGUCACCCAAAAUCACCAAGUCUUUCUCAAAUGACUCGAACAGCAAUAGCAGCAAAACCAAGACCGCAGUUCCUUCACAGACGCCCUCCACCAAGCCCGCGGUCAACAUGACCAAGUCAAACGUCACUCCUGUAACCCUUAAACCAGCUGCUUCUGUCCCCAAUGUUGCCAUAAGAUCAAUGUCCUUCAGAGCAGAAUAUCAUCCUGAAGACGCACCUAGAACUGGCCGCCAAAAUAGAACUGCGAGUUUCAGUGUCGGACAAUUGGCGUCAACAUCAUCAGAACGUCGGCGUUCCAUCUCCAAGCCACCAUUUUGGUCUCAGGGCAUCACGGUGCAGUUCUCUGGGCGUGGGCCCACUGAUGAAUCCCGCCGAGAAGCACUACGCAAACUCGGGCUCCUCAAAGAUACGUCCUAAUGCUGAAGCUGAGGGGUGUGAGCGUCACGGCUUCAGGACUGAGAAAUGCAGUUUUCUGUGGGUCAAAGAACCAGGAGAAUGGAAACCGGAAGAUUCCUGCACAUAUUUUUUACCCGGUUACCUGCCAGAACACUAAUAAUAGUUUCUGUGUGCAUUGAUUGACCUUAGUGCCAUCACAUCUGUCACACAGGCCAAGACCCAGUGGAGAACAGAGUAUGGACAUGUAUGGCUAUUUCUUGCUCAGUGGUUGUAUAGUAUGUUAAAAGCCCAAAGUAUUACGGGAAACUUCCAUGUCUCCAGUGCAAAGAACUAAUGUGCCUUUCAUUGAAUGACUAACAAGAAAUCUUGUUAAAAGCCAAAUCUAGACCUUAACUUCAAGAUGUUUUCUAUUUUUUCCAUGUUUCAGCUCAUUUGGUUUACCACAGAAAGGGAACAUGCAAUUUCUUGUUUCUGUGGUCCUGUUAGAGUGAAUCUACAGAUAAAUAAUGUUCAUUCUUUGUUUCUAUAUCCCUCCAACUAUUAUUUUUAAUUACUAUAUUAUAAAAGAUUAACUCACUGUUGUUAUACUGCAAUUAUGUUGAGUGAUGUACUACUGCACAAAUUAAACCAUAUAACCAUUUGUAGUACAAGUACUAAAACUGAGUAAUAUAACUGUAAUUUCCUACAUAGAAAUAUUUAAUAUUCAGACAGGUGUAAUACUUAAAUGGAUAUGAUGUCUUAGUUAACCUGCUAUGUAAAAAAUGCUAGUUUUUUCACAGGGAAUAUGGUACUGUAAGCCUGGUCAUCUGAUGCUUGUUCAUUAGCAGUGUUGUAAUGUUUUUGUCUAAUUUUGUGGAUGUGUGUCUGUGUAAGCGAGUGUUAAGCUGUGUGUGUUUGUGUGUGAGUUCUGUAUUUGGAGUUUUUGGAAUGUGAAAUGUGUGCGUUUUUUUUUUUUUUUUGGCAAUUUCUGCUAGACUCCGGUUCUGUAGUUUAUCUGCAAUUUUGAAGUAAACACAGCCACACACUAGACUUAACCCCACUGCAAGAACAUGUGCUAAAAUACACCAGUACCAGUAAUGUCGACCUCCCAGCCAUGUUACCUUUGAAAAUACUGUAUAUGUAGUAAAGCAUUUGUAUAGUAAUGUACAGAUUACUAACAUGUUGUAAAGACGAAGACAACUUUGAAUCCUUUUUACAGACAUCACCUCAUAUGAACAUUGCACCUUGUUACAGGUACUUUUAUGACCUACAAGAAUAAAUGUUUCAGACUAAA